GAGAGGCGUGGCGGCGUUCUGUGGUCGGUCCUCCCGGACAGCCCUACUUCCGUUGCCUCCCCAGCCAGGCGGCUCCUCUCGCUGUGUCCGCGACCGUUGCUGCCGCCCUCGUCUCCGUCCGAAGGAGCCUGUCGAGAUUCGCCUUCAGCCCGCAGGUGUAAAAAGAAACCGAAACCAUGACGGACUCCAAAUACUUCACCACCAAUAAAAAAGGGGAGAUCUUUGAACUGAAAGCCGAGCUCAAUAACGAGAAGAAGGAGAAGAGGAAGGAAGCGGUGAAGAAGGUCAUUGCCGCCAUGACGGUGGGGAAGGAUGUCAGCUCCCUUUUCCCAGAUGUGGUGAACUGCAUGCAGACCGACAACUUGGAGCUGAAGAAGCUGGUGUACCUCUACCUGAUGAACUAUGCCAAGAGCCAGCCGGACAUGGCCAUCAUGGCGGUCAACAGCUUUGUGAAGGACUGUGAGGAUCCCAACCCUCUCAUUCGUGCCCUGGCGGUGCGCACCAUGGGCUGCAUCCGCGUGGACAAGAUCACAGAGUACCUGUGUGAGCCGCUGCGCAAGUGUCUGAAGGACGAGGACCCGUACGUGCGCAAGACAGCGGCCGUCUGUGUGGCCAAGUUGCAUGACAUCAACGCCCAGAUGGUGGAAGACCAAGGGUUCCUGGACUCCCUGCGCGAUCUCAUUGCAGACUCCAAUCCCAUGGUAACGUACCCAUUCCGCAGAAUACCCCACAUUGCAGUGUGGCUGGAACAACAGGCAGUAUUGCUGGGGUUUGGUGAGGGACCACAGGUGGACCCGGGACCUCCGCCGAGUGUUAUAAAGACACAAUCCCAUCGCCCGGCGACGGCGCUUCGGAGGUCUACGGUGAAGGCUGACUGGAAGCCAUUGGCUUUGGUGGACGUAGUGGCCGGCUUCCGAGCGCGUGGGCGGCCUCCGGCACGCAGCGUUUUACUCCAAGCGAGACGCCACUCUGGGGAUCCCAAUGUAAUCCAAUCAGCAGCAAUAGUGCGCGGGGACCCGAAUUAA